AUGGCUGUAAGUAUUAAGAAGGAGGAGUGUGAGUGGGAGUCCAUUUGCCCUCAACAGGAGAAUCUCUGCAUUAAGGAGGAGGACUGUGAGACAGGGUUAGUGAGCAUUAAAGAAGAGGCUGAAGAGACGUCUGUCAGCAUUGAGACAAACAUUUGUAAAAGUGUGCAGAAUGUCAAGGAAGAGGACCAUCAGUGUGGGGGAGACAAACCUCACUGUUGUUCUGCAUGUGGCAAACAAUUCUGUCACAGGAGUGAUCUAAAGAGACACCUCAGAAUUCACACCAAAGAAUGUGGCAAAGAGUUUUCAAGAAGCGGCCUUCUUCAGACCCACAAAAGAAUCCACACUGGAGAGAAGCCGUACUGCUGUACAGAGUGUGGCAAAGAAUUCUGUGACGGGACUAAUCUGCUGAGCGACAAAAAAAGUCACACUGGCGAGAAGCCUUAUUGCUGUUCAGAAUGUGGCAAACAAUUUUGUGAUAAGCGUAGUUCUGAGAUCCAUGCUAGAACCCCCACUAGACCCACAAAAAAGUUCACACAGGAGAGAAGCCGUAUUGUUGUACAGAGUGUGGCAAGCAAUUCCGUUGCAGAAGUAAUCUUUGGAGCCACAAAAGAAUUCACACGGGAGAGAAGCCCGUAUUGCCGUUUGGAAUGUGGCAAACAAUUCCAUCAUCAGAGUGGCUUUGACAUCCACACUAGAAUGCACACUGGUGAAAAGCCAUAUCGCUGUACAGAGUGUGGCAAACAGUUCAGUGGCGGGUGUAGCCUUGACAUCCACAAAAUAAUCCACACUGGAGAAAAGCUGUUUUGCUGUACAGAGUGUGGCAAAGAAUUCCGUUGGAGGAGUAAUCUUACGAACUACAAAAGGAUUCACACUGGGGAGAAGCCAUACUACUGUUUGGAAUGUGGCAAACUAUUCUGUCAAAAAAGUAGUUUUGAGGUCCACAAAAGAAUGCACACUGGAAAGAAGCGCUAUCGCUGUUUGGAAUAUUGUGAAUGA